CUAAUCAAUGUUUUCUCUUUCGUAGAAUGAAGAAUUAAUUUAUGUGCUGUCCAUCUGAGUAUGAAAAAGCGAAGAAACAAGAGCCAAAUAACACAGCAGAAUUCUCAUGAAAGACGUUUAUACUUAUGUGACAUGUGUUUGGAAACAUUUGAAACCGGAAACAGAUUACGUGAACAUAAGGUGUUACACACAUGUAAAAAGCCGGAAAUGUCUAUGAAUUCUACAGGGCAUUUUAAUUCAGACAACUGUCUUAAGUUACAGGAGUUAGAUUCGUUCAAAAUUCUCAAAAGACUGUUGCAGAAUGGUCUAAAACACAGGCUAGAGGCACACAUAAACGGCAAGUUACCGACAAAUCCAAUGAAUAACUUCAAAACUACAAGCCUGCUUAAGACAUCAUCGUUUAAGAUGAAAAGUAACAAACGACCAAAGACUGAAACUCACCCAAUAGACGAAACGAACAGAUUAUACAAAUUUUGUUGUGCCGAAUGUGGAAAAAGAUACAGAUCAAAAGCUGCAUUGAGAAUUCACUUGAAUAGUCACUUUGGUAUUAAAGAAUUUCAGUGUCCGAAAUGCGGGCUUCGUCUUUCUCAAAAAGGUGGAUUAACUGUUCAUAUGCGAAUACAUACAGGUGAGAAACCAUUCUCAUGCGAAGUUUGUGGCAUGAGAUCUGCUCAACCUGUGUCACGUGAACAUAUGUCAAAACACACGGGGGAAAGAUUACACAAGUGUGACUUAUGUAGGGCAGAGUUUGGAUCUAAAACAGUUCUAAAAACGCACAAGAUAGCCAAACACACGCUUCUACGACCGUUCCAGUGUGACAUUUGCAAGAAAACAUUCGCUGACAAGCAUUACAUGACUAAACAUCGGACAAUUCAUCGAGAUGUAAAACCUUAUCCAUGCACAAAAUGUGAAAAAUCGUUCAUUACAAAAUCAAACUUACGACGCCAUCUUGAAAUUCACACAGUUCGAAAAUCUCACGUGUGCACCGUUUGUUCCAAAUCAUACAAUAACUCAAGCAGUCUGUUGUACCACAUGACUACACAUUCGAAUGAACGUAAAUUUUUGUGCGGUAUAUGCGAUCAACAGCUUGCAUCAAAGCAAAAUGUAAAAAAGCACAUGGAAUUACAUGCUCGGAGCAUACAAGCACCAACCAAACAAAACAGUAAUCAAAACAAAAAGCACAUGGAAAUAAGAGCAUACCAGAAGCAAACUACACAAAAAAAACACAUGAAAAAACACAACUGAAGCAAACUUAACAAAAGACACAAUAAAAAUUUCUGAUCGAAACAGACAUGCCCAAAUUUUUCAAGACAAGAUGAAAAACAACCGAUUGGCUGAAUAUUUUUUUUAAAGAAAUUAACAUGGAACUUAUUCAUGUUUUUAGAGACUAUUUGAUAUUCAUUUUGAUUGAAAACGUUUUAGUUAACGCGAAAAGAAAAAUGUGGAAAUUGAAAUGUUGGCUUAUCAAGUGAAAGUGUAAUGUUUAGUGGAUUUAUAUACUAGUAAAAUGACGAUUUUCAAAAUGAUACUCUUGAAAGAAGUAAGUAUGUGUUGACAUACUUUUUGUCAAGCGUUGUUUUUUUUCUGAAUUUCCAGAUUUUUUUCAACAACGAGCUAUUUUUGGUUUUACUUAAUAUAUUAUGUUCAUUUUUGUUUACUGUUUUACUUAUUUAGUUAAAUAAAAGAAUAAAAAUUCUUGUUAAUUAAAUUUAAGAUGUAUUUUUUGUUUGUUUUUUUUUCCUGUUUAGCAAAAGCUAUAGUGUAAAGUUCAUUUUUUCAACACCAUAAGUACUAACAGUCGCUGUGUGAUAUUUCUUUUAACAUGUUAUUCUUAAAUAUGCAACAAUUUGAAAUGAUAAAUUGAUAU